AUGGCCCCCCGGGUACAGAGCCGGAGCGUGUCCAAUCUUCUCCCCUACAUCACAUCUUCCUCCUCCUCCACAUCAUCCUCUAUUCCCUCUCUAUGCUCCUCAUCACAAUCCUCCCGUUAUUUCUCUGCCACCCCGGCCCCACAGACUAAGCUUCGUCGGCAAAUGUUUGAAUGGCUGUCUACCCAAGGAUCCGGUCUCAAGCACCACACCCCUGGCGAGACCAACUACUUGAGGAUGGCGGAUGGCAGCCAGUCCAACAGACCAUUUCCGAACAACAUGACCUUCAUCAGCGAGCCUGUCCUCAGCGAGGAGCUCCGGAAUGAGGUUUAUUUCCGCGUCAAGGAGCAAAAGAAGAGUCCACGUGCUGUCAGUGUUGAGCUCGGCAUUGACAUGAACCGCAUUGCUGCCGUGGUGCGAUUAGUUGAAUUGGAGCGGAGGCAACGAGACAAGGUAAAUUUCGAUUCCUCCCCUUUCUUUUCUUCCUUUGAAUUUUCCCAUUCACCACCCCCACGGACGCAAAAUGAUGAGACACCAAAAAAUCGAUUACAUUGCCAUACGCUCGUGCUGUGCACGAAAUGGUCCCCACCACCCCCCCUCGCCCAGGCUGGCGAGCGCCAAACCUACCACGAACCUAUCAACGACCUCCCCGUCCACCCUGCCACUGGCGCCCAGAUCUUUUACCCUGUACCUGAAUCGCGACCUUUUACCCGUGUCGACGCUGGCCGCGUCUUCUCCGGUGCCCCAACACUAGAGAAGAAGGUCAGCGACAAGAUCACACACCCCUCCGACCUGGUGGAAGAUGUCAUCCAGAAGCCCGGCUCCAUCGAGUGGGUUGGAAAGGGUGACAACGCCCGCCAGGUCCUGCAGCCGGCGGAUGUGCGUAUCCCGCACCCACAGCUGGUCCAACUGGCCCGUGACCGUGCCGCGUUCCCCGAAGAGCGCCGUACUGUUACCCAGCGCCACACGGAGCGUCUGGAGCGCCAGGAGAAGGCCGAGAAGGAGCGUGCCGCUCAUGCGGCAGAGCGUCGUAACCGAAAUACCGAGACGAUUGAGCCUCAGGAUAGCCGCUUUAGCUUCCGUAUCAAGGACGCUGUCGUCAGCGAAGAGACUGUUGGCAAGAAUGGCCGUGCGCCAUGGGCCCCUGGUCGCCGCUACGGUGUGCCGACUAAUGAUCGCACCCGUGGCACGGUCAAGAUCCCUACUCGCGUCAAUGUUUAG